UUUAAGUUGAAGUGUUCUUCCAGAAGUAUUUGAAACACUGCGCUAAAAGGAACGUCAUCGAUUGUAUAUGCCUGCUUCUAAACUGCAACUUUACCGACAUUAAGAGACGUCGUUUGCGGCUGUGCGGAGAGGUUUUGUUUGCGUGAUCAGGCUUUGAUGAGCCCACCUUUGCGAGGGAGGCAGUGCAGAGGUUUCACACGCAGCCGGACGGACCAAGCCGCCGGAAUACGGUAAAGAGUGUGUGCCCGUGUGGAGCUUGCUGUUCUGGGUCAGGCCGUCACUGUGGCCCCUGGCUUCCAGGCCAUGAGUAGCUUCAAAGGUCGAAUGGGGCAUGACGUGGAGAAACAGAGCCACCGGGAUGGACCAAAGGACAAGAUUCCCACAGACCGGACCCUGGUGGUGAGAGGAGCUGGGGGAGAUCCAGCUGAGCCCCCUGGGGGCGUGGCUAAGAAGCGGAGGCAGCGAUAUGUAGAGAAGGACGGCAAGUGCAACGUUCACCACGGCAACGUGCGAGAGACCUACCGCUACCUCAGCGACAUCUUCACCACGCUGGUGGACCUGAAGUGGCGCUUCAACCUGCUGGUGUUCACACUGGUGUACACCACCACCUGGGUGUUCUUCGGCUUCAUCUGGUGGCUGAUAGCUUACGCUCGGGGCGACCUGGAGCACAGUGACGAUGGAGACUGGACCCCCUGCGUCAACAACCUCAACAGCUUCGUCUCCGCCUUCCUGUUCUCCAUCGAGACCGAGACCACCAUCGGCUAUGGCUACCGCGUCAUCACCGAUAAGUGCCCCGAGGGCAUUCUGCUGCUGCUGGUGCAGGCCAUCCUGGGCUCCAUUGUCAACGCUUUCAUGGUGGGCUGCAUGUUUGUCAAGAUCUCACAGCCUAAGAAGCGGGCGGAGACACUGAUGUUCUCGCACCAGGCGGUGAUCUCUCUGCGGGACGGGAGGUUGUGCCUGAUGUUCCGUGUGGGUGACCUGCGCAACUCCCACAUUGUGGAGGCCUCCAUCCGCGCCAAGCUCAUCCGCUCCAAGCAGACCAAGGAGGGCGAGUUCAUCCCGCUCAACCAGACCGACAUCAACGUGGGCUUUGACACGGGCGACGACCGCCUCUUCCUCGUCUCCCCCCUCAUCAUCUGCCACGAGUUCAACGAGGGAAGCCCCUUCUGGGACAUCUCUCAGGCCCAGCUGGAGCGGGAGGAGUUCGAGAUCGUGGUCAUACUCGAGGGAAUGGUGGAGGCCACAGGAAUGACGUGCCAGGCCCGCAGCUCGUACCUGGACUCAGAGGUGUUGUGGGGGCAGCGCUUCACCCCAGUCCUGUCUUUGGAGGAGGGCUUCUAUGAGGUGGACUACGACACCUUCCACCAAACCUACCCCACGCCUACACCCACCUGCUCCGCCCGGCAGCUGGCCGAACUGGCCAAAAAGGGGGAGGAGAUUCCCUUGCCCCCCCCACCACCAGCUGAAAACUCAGAGGAGGGGGAGGAGGAGGGGGUGGGGGAGGGCGAGAAUGUCACCAAUGGAGACGUGAAUAAGAUGGACAAUGGCAGUGAGAGCAGAGGGAGAGUGUGA